AUGUUGCAAAUAUCAUGUCAAGGAUCUCCCCACGAGAUCGGCAUCAAACAUGGCUCUGCAGCCAAGGCCCAGAUCCAGAGCUGCAUUGCCUUCUACGCCGAUGUAUUCCAAAAGACGGCCAAAAUGGACUGGAAGACGGUCACGACACACGCACGUCGCUUUGAGGACAACAUUGCACAGAAGUGGCCCGAAUAUCUGGAGGAAAUGAAAGGCGUCGCUCAUGGAUCAAAUACGGAUGUGCUUGAUAUCGUAGCCCUCAAUGUACGCACCGAAAUCAUGUUCGGCUGCCAUCACCCCGUCAGUGACGGUUGCACCGCGUUUUCCUGGUACAAUUCCAACGACACGCGCAGCUUCCUCGGGCAGAACUGGGACUGGAUGGAAGCGCAGAAAGCAAACCUCAUUCUACUCACAAUCGACCAGCCGGGCAAACCUACGAUCAAGAUGGUCACGGAAGCAGGCAUCAUUGGGAAAAUCGGACAGAACUCUGCGGGCGUGGGGGUAUGUCUCAACGCGAUUCGAGUGAGCGGCGUGGAUGCCACUCGGAUUCCUUGUCACCUUGGUCUACGAUUGGUGCUCGAUUCCAGCUCGCGCGAAGAGGCGGUGAGCCGAUUGAUGGACUGCGGUGUUGCCUCGCAAUGCCAUAUGCUUGUUGCCGACGAGACCGGCGGCAUAGGACUAGAGUGGAGUGCGAAGGACGUAGCGGUUUUGGACAUGAACGAGCGUGGACAAGUGUUUCAUUCGAAUCACUACAUCAAAGAGCACCCAGGGCUGGACGUCAAGCCCUGGCUGGCCGAUUCAGACUUUCGACUUGAUCGAAUCGAAAAGCUCUGCAAUUCCGUUUCGGGCUCGCCUUCGACCGAGGGAUUACUCAAGGUGUUGGAGGACGAGAAGAACUUUCCCGCGUCGAUAUGUCGUAGCGCAGAGGAUGUUGCUGGCAUUGCUACAUUGUUCAGUAUCGUGAUGGAUCUGAGGGAUAGAAAGGGAGUGGUAAGGCUGGGCCGGCCGUCGGAACCAGAAGCGGCAUUCCGCUGGUCUUUCUAG